AUGGGGAAAGACAAGGAGGGCAAGACAAAUUUCCAGCUCAAGGUGCCAAAAGGUACCAAGGAUUGGGCUGGCGAGGACAUGGUGAUUAGGGACAAGAUCUUUGGCUCUAUCACCGAAGUCUUCAAGCGUCACGGAGCUGUCACAAUCGAUACGCCAGUGUUCGAGCUCAAAGAGAUUCUGGCGGGAAAAUACGGCGAAGACAGCAAACUCAUCUACGACCUCGCAGACCAAGGCGGCGAGCUUACUUCAUUACGAUACGACCUCACUGUCCCCUUCGCACGAUGGCUCGCGAUGAACUCCAACAUUCAGAACAUCAAGAGAUAUCACAUUGCAAAGGUGUACCGAAGAGAUCAACCGGCCAUGACCAAGGGCCGCAUGCGAGAAUUCUACCAAUGCGAUUUCGACAUUGCUGGAACCUACGAUCCUAUGCUCCCCGACGCUGAGAUCAUUCGAAUCACUUGCGAGAUCUUUCAAGCAUUAGGAUGGGAGGGACGGUAUACGAUCAAGCUCAACCACCGCAAGAUCCUGGAUGGAAUCUUCCAGGUGUGUGGUGUGCCUACGGACAAGCUACGGACAAUCUCAUCAGCUGUGGACAAACUCGACAAGUCACCCUGGGAAGAAGUACGGAAAGAGAUGACUAAAGAGAAGGGUCUGGAUCCAGCAGUGGCAGACAAGAUCGGACAAUAUGUCGUGAAGAAGGGCGGUGACGACCUUCUUCAACAACUGCAGAAGGACGAGCAGCUGUCAGCGAACGAAUCUGCAAAGGCCGGUCUUUCAGAUAUGGACUUACUCUUUGGCUACCUGCGAACUUUCGGCGUCCUGGACAAGAUCUCUUUCGACAUGUCUCUUGCUCGUGGUCUCGAUUACUAUACCGGUGUCAUCUACGAAGUUGUGACCGAGGGCUCAGCACCACAGACUUCAGAAGGCCAAGCACUACAGCAACAGGGCAAGAAGGAGUCAAAACCUAAGAAGCACGCGUCAAAUAUCGACGGCGAGGAGGAUCGAUCGAACGACCCAUCAGUAGGUGUAGGCUCAGUCGCCGCUGGUGGCCGAUACGACAACCUCGUCAGCAUGUUCAGCGGCAAGCAACAGAUUCCCUGUGUCGGUAUUUCGUUCGGAGUCGAUCGCAUCUUCAGCAUCACCAAGCAGCGCCUCGCAGCAGACAGCUCAGCAGCUCCCAUCCGGACAAAUGAGGUCGAUGUCUACGUCAUGGCAUUUGGUGGCAAGGGCUUUGAGGGUCUUCUCAAGGAGCGCAUGGAUGUCGCGAAGAGGUUAUGGGACGCAGGCAUCAAGGCCGAGUUCAGCUGGAAGGUCAAGCCGAAACUUCCUGCCCAAUUCAAAGCCGCAGAAACCAACGGCGUACCCUUCGCUCUCAUUCUGGGAGACGAUGAGCUUGCGGCAGGCAAGUGUAAGAUCAAGGAGAUGGGUCUUCCCAGUGACCACCCAGAGAAGGACGGCGUGUUGAUCGAGAUGGCGAACCUCGAACAGGAAGUGAAGCAGAGGAUCGCUCGACAAGCAGAACAAGCAUCUCUCGUCGAUGGCUUGAAGAAAAUGUGA